AUGAGCAAACGAGCCUCGCGAUCCAAGAACCACGGCUCUGUACUACGUGAACAGAGCUCCACCGACUCGCUGCAAGAAAAGAAGAAGAACGGCAAUGCAAAUUCUACUGCUAUGAACAGCGUCAUGUUGGAACAUCGGCGCAAGCACUCGUCCUUCGACAGCACGUCGCCCUCGAGCCAAGCUGCAUCCCUCAUGGGCAACUCCAACUUCUCCCUGGAUGAUGAAGUGCCCAAGCUGGGCCACGACGAGGAAGGGCCUUCCAAGGGCUUCUUUGAGCUUUCCAAGAAGGACCAGAGCAACUUUCUCCUCCUGGUGCUGCUCUACUUCCUCCAAGGCAUACCCAUGGGGCUGGCCCACGGCUCUGUUCCCUUCCUUCUCAAGCACAACGUAUCCUACGCCGCCAUUGGCGUCUUCUCGCUCGCUGCCUAUCCCUACUCGCUCAAGCUUCUCUGGAGUCCCAUAGUGGAUGCGGUAUGGUCGCCCAAGGUCGGACGCCGGAAGAGUUGGAUUCUGCCUAUCCAGACCAUCUCCGGUUUCUCCAUGAUUUGGCUAGGGAGGAACAUCAAUCGCAUGAUGAAGGAGGCGGGCGAGACAGACAGUGGAGUUUGGACUUUUACGUGGUGGUGGUUCGCGCUCGUGUUCCUCUGCGCUACACAGGAUAUCGCUGUGGAUGGUUGGGCGCUUACUCUUCUCUCCAAAGAGAAUCUCGCAUACGCCUCCACAGCGCAAACUGUUGGCCUGACCGCAGGCCAGUUCCUCUCCUACACCGUCUUCCUAGCCUUCAAUUCCAAAGACUUUGCGAACAAGUGGUUCCGUAGCACUCCUGCGGAAACUGGUAUUAUGGAGCUUGAUGGCUACUUGAGUUUCUGGGGAUGGGCAUACUUGAUAGUCACUCUUGGAUUGGCAGUCAUGAAACGCGAAGACCGUGAUAAGAAUGGCGACGGCAUUGGAGAGGUUUACCGCACCAUGUGGGGCAUCUUGAAACUGAAGAACAUCCAGAGCUUCAUCAUCAUCCACCUCAUCGCCAAGAUUGGAUUCCAAGCCAACGAUGCUGUUACGAGCCUGAAGCUUUUAGAUAAGGGCCUCAAGCAGGAGCAGCUUUCCCUUGUUAUCCUCGUCGACUUCCCUGUCGAGGUCUUCCUGGGUUACUACAUCGGAAAGUGGUGUCAAACUUACCCGCCUAUGCACAUCUGGUGUUGGUCCUUCAUGGGACGUCUGGUUGCUGCUGGGUUCGCGCAAUUUGUGGUGUCCAUAUUCCCGGUCGGAGGAGCCUCGACUGGAUUCUUGCUGCUGGUCAUUGCUGAACAUGUGCUUUCAACCUUCAUGAAUACAGUCAUGUUCGUUGCGGUCAGCGCGUUCCACGCAAAGAUCUCAGAUCCGCUUAUUGGCGGUACUUAUAUGACGCUUCUCGCUACUGUCUCCAAUCUCGGCGGCACAUUCCCACGCUACUUCGUUCUUAAAGCCGUCGACAUGUUCACGUCGGCAACCUGCAUACCGCCCACAGACAUUCCAAAAGCAGACCUCUUGAAAGGACCACUCAUUACACAAGCAUUCUCUUGUUCUUUAGAGGCAGAGAAGCAUCGAUGCCAGCAAGGUGGUGGUAUUUGCAGCGUUACAACAGAUGGGUACUACAUUGUAAACAUUUUAUGUAUUGUGAUCGGUGUAGUGACGUUCUGGGGCUACAUCAAGCCAGCGGUUAUGCGGAUACAGGCGUUGCCACUGAGGGCAUGGAGAAUUGCUGGAUAG